AUGUCAUCUGUUAGCAGUGUUCUCAUACGUCGGGGCACCGAGUUGAUUUCCGCUCGGCUUCGAGAGCGUGGACAGUCUCCAAUGGAUGCAUUGCUAGGCCUCUCACUUGCCAUUUUGCCGGUCGUUGCAUUUGGUUUCGCAAUCUUUUGGGUUGACUACACCUGCGCCCAUGUUAUUGCGACUCUGGCCGCGGUCGAAGAUUCCAACCCGAAGACCUAUGUUCGCCUCGACAGCGAAGACCCUAACGAUUCCGUCGACCCUAAUGAUCCCGAGGUCGCAGCUGCAUCAACCACUAAGCCUAUCACUAGCGGGCUACGCUCGGCCACUAAGCACCUACGCGCCCGUGGUGGUAUCUGGUCGUGCUUCCGUGGAUUUCGUAUGUAUCUGGCCUUCACGGGGUUCGCCAAUCUGGGCGGGGGUCUGCUAAUUCAAACUAUUGUUGUUACUCCGAACCGUUCUGUCUCCGUUUCAUUUUUCAGUUCCUUUUUUGCACAAUUCAUCGGAAGCAUGCUCUUGGCCACCUGGCAGAUGGCUUGGGUUCAUCGUGUGAUCGCCGACAAAUCUCCUAGGAGCUCCUACCGGCGAAUGCUUGGCCUCCGGCAUUGGCCUAGAAUUGCCCCUGCGGCUGCUUUGUACAAUUUCCUAAGGUGUGCGGCUCUCUCUCUGCCUAUAGCUGCUGUAGGGCCCGCUGGCGCUGGCUGGACCGCCAUGGCCGUUGUCGCCGAGCAGGGAUAUAAAGGGCUUCUCCGUUUCCUAGCCAUUAAUGUUCUCCCGGCUGCAUUUCUCCUACCGGCUUCUAUUCCCGCCAGGGGAAUUUUCAUCCGUGUGGCUGCGUCUAUGCUGCCCGAGGAGGAUGAUCCGAUCGUGCCCUUCGACCGCCUUUUUGGCGGCAAGGUGAAACCCGAAAUUGUGGGUGGUAGUGGCAAGCUCGGCCUUAGAGAUGCCUGGACCACCUUUGACUGGCCUGCUCGCACACGCUUUGUUAAGGUCAUCCUGAAAGCUCUUGCCAUUGAGGUUACACUAGGUGUGCUUGGGAUACUUCUAAUAGCGCGCUGGAGCUGGCUGUUGGCUCUGAUCCACUCUUAG